AUGCUCCUCCACCACCACCACCACCACCUUUCCACCAACCCCAUGACCUCCCUCAAACCAGAAGAACGCGGCCUCCAUCUCAUCCAACUCCUCCUCGCCGGCGCCGCCCACGUCUCCUCCGGCAACCUCUCCCGCGCCGACUCCUGCCUCCACCUCAUCUCCACCAUGUCCUCCCCUUCCGGUGACUCCAUGCAACGUCUCUCCUCCAUUCUCGCUUCCUCCCUCGCCACCCGCCUCCUCCGCCGCCGCCUCCCUGGCCUCCUCUCCGCCGUCCUCCCUCCUCGCAAACCUCUCAAACCUCUCACCUUCGCUCGUACUCUCCCUUACAUCCCCUUCACCCACACCGCCACCUCGCGCGCCCUCCUCCGUGCCAUCGCCCACGAACGCAACGUCCAUGUCGUCGACCUCAGCGCCGCCGUUCACUCACUUGAUCUCUGGGCUCCAUUUCUUCACACCAUCUCUCGUCUCCCACAUGGUCCUCCGCAUUUGAAGCUCACUUGUGUCUCCGGCGACCAUCAUGUUCUUGAAUCCUUAGGAACAGCACUCGUCAAAGAAGCCGACUCUCUCGACGUUCCAUUCCGUUUCCAUGCAGUGCACUCAGUGCUUUCUGAGCUUGAUCUUGAUACUCUCCAUGUUCACGCUGGUGAAGCUCUGUUCGUAGUUUCACUCUUCAAACUCCAUGAGUUGCUCGCCGGAGAGGUGGAAAGGAUGAAUGGACUGUUGUUAAAUUUGCAAGGGAUGGGACCGAGUGUGGUGGUGCUGGCGGAGCAGGAGGCUGAGCACAAUUCGGAGAGAGUGGCCGAGAGGUUUGUCGAAGGUUUGCAUCAUUAUAGUGCUUUGUUUGAUUCGGUGGAGGCGGUGGCGGCGAUGGGAACGAUGGGGGAGGAGGAGAGGAGGGAGGUAGAGGACAUGGUCGGAAGGGAGAUAGAGAACGUUGUGGCUUGUGAAGGGGUGGAGAGGGUGGAAAGGCAUGAGAAGACGGUGAAAUGGAUUGUGAGGAUGGAACGAGCAGGGUUCCGGCAAGGGAGGUUUUGGGGGGACGCCGUCGAGGAGGGGAGGAGGGUGGUGGAAUCAUGGGCCGGUGGCGGUGGCUUCGCUGUGGUGGUGGAGUGUGGUUGUCUUAUGAUAUGUUGGCAUGAUAAGCCACUCUACUCUAUCUCUGCAUGGCAUUGUUUAUGA